CCAAUCUCAACGACCAUAUUCAAGAACUUUGGUGUCUUGCCAACAUCCAAGCCGCGAUGCUACCUGAUCGCAACAUGGCCAGCCCCGACAAGACUAGCACGGCGCAAGGCGAUCUGUGCACAAAUACUCGGGAUUCCAGCCUUGGUGCUAGCAGCCUCAAUCUUAAUAACUUAAACCACAACCGCACCGUCAACUCAGAUCGCGAAACCGAACCUCCUGCCUAUCAAGAACGCCCCCCACACUACGAAAUGUCUCACUCCGACCCCAACCCCAACAACCCCGCUGGCGACAAAGCCUCAACUCCUCGUUCAGUAGCUGUUACUGCUGGUGCUGGCGAUAACGUCUCGACACCUCAUCUAGUAGCUGCCACUGCUGUUGCUGGCGAUAACGCUUCGACUCCUCAUCUAGUAGCUGCUACUGUUGCUGCUGGCGGCAACGCCUCGACUCCUCACGGCAACGCCUUAAGUGGCCACGAAGCAGCUGCCACUUCUGCUGGCACUGCCCCGCGAUCGGCUGGCCCAUACGGCCAUACCUAUCAACCUCCUGUCAGAGGCCCUCCUCCAUCGCGCCUCCGCCACUGUUGGAUCUGCUCCAGAGAACCAACCGCCGCUCUCAUCCUGAUCGGUGGAGUUCUUACCUUCGUCUACAAGAUGUAUUACCUCUACGUAGUUGGACAUGGAGAUGGCGCGGAACAGGCAACUUAGUCUCUCACAAUAUGACGUCUUUGAUCAUGUUCUUUCAAGAUAACCUUUGGCACUUUGGAGGUUUCUGAUGGCAAGCAACUAGAGCAUUGAGAAAAGGAUUUGCAUAUUGGACUGGCGUUUAGAGCUAAGCAUGGUAUUCAGCAUGGUAUUCGGAC